UAGCUAGUUCACCCAAAAAAAAAUCCUGCCUAACUAUGAUACCUAUGUGUUGGUGCUAACUGUUCCACUCACCGAUCGGCGUUGGCAACUAACAAACAAAUGGAAAUUGCUCUCUUCUCUCCAUCGUCACUCUUCUCCGAAGAAGAUGAUCACACUGCUACUCGGGAGGAAGCAAUAUCAGAGACUCAGGAAACCUACGUUGAGAGGAAGCACCAGUUUCCUGGAAUGGAGUUGGUUGUCCGAGAAUUUUCCUUUCAUCAACUGAAUGCAAAUUUACUCUGGCCAGGGACAUUUGCAUUUGCAGAAUGGCUAGUUCAGAACAGAUCAUGCAUUGAAGGACGUCAUGCCAUCGAGUUGGGAAGUGGCACAGGUGCUUUGGCUAUAUUUCUCCGAAAAAUGUAUAAUCUUGAUAUUACGACUUCAGACUAUGCUGAUCAAGAAAUAGAGGAUAACAUAGCUCACAAUUGCAGGUCAAAUGAAAUACCUGUCAUUCCACACAUAAAGCAUACUUGGGGAGAAAAGUUUCCAAAUACUGAUCCUGACUGGGAUCUGAUCAUUGCUAGUGAUAUCUUAUUGUAUGUUAAACAGUAUGCAAAUUUGAUACAAACCAUUUCAUUUCUUCUCAAGUGUUACAAGCCAAGGGAUAGGAAAGUGGUUCCUCCACCAGGGAAUGAUGCAGGUUGUAUAGUGUUACCAUGGCCAGCCUUUUUAAUGAGCUGGAGACGUCGAAUCGGGAAGGAAGACGAACAGCUUUUCUUCAAUGGUUGCGAGAAGGCAGGUUUGGAUGUGCAGCAUCUCGGAUCCCGUGUAUAUUGCAUCAAGCCUAUAGGUAAUGAUGGAUGAAAAAGCAAAAAUUUGAUUAAAGAAACAAGUAGUAAAGCAUGCUGAGGAACACAUUGAGGUGGGAAGUUGGAAGGUUGGACCCUUAAAAAAGUUUCCUGUGGUCAUAGUGAGUUAUUGUAGUUUAAUUUGCACACCUAGUUUGUGUUAACAAUUUUGAAGUUUAGCUUAAGCUGAGAGUAAAUCGUGUCACAGUUUAUGGCUUGUCUAAUUGUCAUGUUCUUAGUUUUAGUUGCCAUUGUUAAGAUUAUGUUAUCCUUCCUCUUCUUUUUCGUUGCAUUAUGGCUAAGUUCGUAUUCUGUCGACAAUAUGAGUCAUGAGACGUAAAACAUAUUUGGCGGUGACAACAUAUGUGGGUCUAAGCAUAGUUUUCCUUGGUAUUUUCUAUC